UUUACGUCCUUGUCGCUGUUUUUCAGAGAGGCCAAAUUGCUGAAUCAUGCCAAGAACCCCUGCUCACACCUCAAGGAUUUUGUACCGGACACAGAAGGGAAAACAUACUUGUUUUACCUACGAAUGGACACUAGAACAGAUUUUACCACGUGGUCCAACGUGGCGCGAUGCUUUCGCAUGUGGGAUUUGGACGCGAGAGGUUUUCAUAAAAGCACAUGGAGAUUUUGGAUCAAGAAAAAUCACAUUUCAGCUGUCGGUUGUCCGGCAUCUGAGUAUUGCAAAAACAAACCGCAGGAGUUAGAACCGAUUUAUUUACCCAACAAAGAAACGAGACCUAAGGAUCCUAUUUAA